UUUGGCCCCCCUGUGAUGGGUACACGAUGCGCACAACUGACUAUUACAGGCCGAACCGCUGCUGCACAUUCUAGAAUGCACAGCUUGCGGAGGAACUAAAAUCUAAAUCCAGCCCCAGGGUUGCCGUGAGAUUGCAUCAUGGGAUAGGGUUAGGCUCACCCACUAUGACUUGGGCCAUGCGGUUUACUCAUCAUAUUAAUCGGCCAGUGUGCUGGCCCCUGAUCGAGGGAUCAUGCAACAAAAAACUCGAGCCCCCCCGGAUUGUCCCAUGUCUUCAUAAAAUUUCCCGAGUGCUCGUCCCACGAUGCUUGCGGGCGCAUUCGGUCAUUGAAGGAGAUGGAUAUGUCGGAACUUGUUGGUCUACCGCCAACAGGCGUCGACCUCACAGCAAACAAUGAAUCCAAAAAUGACGCUAUCGCCGCUACAAUGUACACGUUGGCUUGCAUCACAAUUGGUGUUCGGCUGUUCUCUCGAAUAAAGGUGCAGCAGGCUCGCAUAGGCCUGGAUGAUUGGCUAAUUGUCUCAGCGCUGCUAUCUGGAACGGCAAAUUUGGCUUGCGCUAUAGUAGGAGGCACAUAUGGCGUUGGCAGGCACAUCUGGGUGGUCAACAUGGAUGACAUUAUCGCCAUGGUCAAGAUUAUGUUCGCCAACGUUCUCCUCUACGUGACCACCGUAACACUGAUCAAACUAUCGAUCAUCCUGUCCUACCGACGCAUUUUCGGCAUGAGAUGGACCAUGUGGGCCUGUGUUGGUAUCUCCCUGAGUUACUGGGCUGGCUGCACCAUUGCGUUCCUGGCAGCCUGCCAGCCUGUAUCGUACUACUGGACCAAAUACUUGGACCCCGAGGGUGGGACAGAGCGAUACGAUUUGUCCGCAUUCUACAUUGGGCACGCUGUCUCAAAUAUGGUCGGAGACAUAAUCAUUUUGCUGGUACCUGUUCCUCUAGUCUGGAGCCUUCAGCUGCGGGUUUCACAGAAGGUUCAGAUCCUCAGCAUUUUUCUCCUAGGCGGAUUCGUCUGCGUGGCCAGCGCCAUCCGAAUCUACUAUUUCACCUUCGUCAACAGCGUCGACGUGACCUGGAUCCUGGGCGAUAUCUUCAUCUGGUCGAGCAUCGAGCCUUCCAUCGGCAUCUUCUGUGCCUGCCUGCCGGUACUGCAGCCGCUUUUCCGGACCAUCUUCAACCGCGUGACGGGCGCACCUGUUCGUGUCAAGCCCAAACCGCGAACCACUGGCCCACCGAAAGCCCUCCGUUACGCGCCCAACAUCCUCAGCCGGAUCCAAGGGGGAGAUGAACGGAUCGCUCGACGCGACGAGGAAGCCAUGUUGUCGACGAUAUCCGCACGGUACGAGCUAGACAGUGUAGGAAAGGACCGCCUGAGCGGGGAAGAGACGGGUCCUUUUGAUCUUCUGUCGAUAACGAUACAAAAGGAGUUCCAAAUUCAGGAAGAGCAUCGGUAGGGUCUGUCAUGAUUGAAAAUGAGCAAUUAUUUCCUAUAGAGAGGGAGAAAAGCAAGCGAGUAGCUGCAUCCCGUUUUAAUUUUUGUUGCACUGUACAUAAUGUUUACUCUUGCACAGGGACCGGCGUUAUCAUCAUCGGAUUGGAGUCGGAAAGCAGUGAUUUGGUGUGUGAAAUUUUGCAAUUAGACAUCUCAAUACUCAAUUUUGAUCGGAU